AUGCUCAAACAACAAUACGACCUGCAGGAACUUAAACACAAUCGGGAAAUGGAACUCAUGCAAGCCACCAUCGAUGCUCAGGAACGUGAACAAAACAGAAUAGGGAAAGACCUGCAUGACGAUCUUGGGGCACUUUUGACAGCUUCAAAAAUUCAACUCCAGCAAAUCAAACGGCUUUCCGGAGCAGAAACAUCCACCGCUCCAUACAUAGAAUUGGGAGCUGAAAUGCUCGAUCAAAGUAUUGAUCGGUUACGUGCCAUUGCAAAAAGUUUAUCCCCCCCGACCCUUGAACAUUUCGGAAUUAAAGACGCCUUGGAAGAGUAUGCCACUCAAUUUUCUUCAGCCAAAGAGAUUCAAAUCAAUACAUCCAUUCAGGAAAAACGCUAUGAUUCGGCUACAGAACUUGGGCUUUUCCGCAUGAUACAAGAGCUUGUGAACAACACCAUAAAAUAUGCACAAGCCUCAAAAAUUGAUAUCUCACUGACCUCAGAUCGUGAUUUCAUUUGGCUCAACUAUUCCGAUAACG